AUGGCAUCAGAGCUGGCAAUGAGCAACUCCGACCUGCCCACCAGUCCCCUGGCCAUGGAAUAUGUUAAUGACUUCGAUCUGAUGAAGUUUGAAGUGAAAAAGGAGCCGGUGGAGCCCGAUCGCAGCAUCAGCCAGUGCAGCCGCCUGGUCGCCGGGGGAUCCCUAUCUUCCACCCCGAUGAGCACGCCUUGCAGCUCGGUUCCCCCCUCGCCAAGCUUCUCGGCGCCCAGUCCGGGAUCAGGGAGCGAACAGAAGGCACACUUGGAGGAUUUCUACUGGAUGACCGGGUACCAACAGCAGUUGAACCCCGAGGCUCUGGGUUUUAGCCCGGAGGACGCCGUAGAGGCACUCAUCAGCAGCAGUCACCAGCUCCAGACCUUCGAUGGCUAUGCCAGGGGGCAGCAGUUUGGCGGCGCAGCCGGGACAGGAGGCGCCAUGGCCGGGGAGGAGAUGGGAUCAGCGGCCGCCGUGGUAUCCGCAGUUAUCGCUGCAGCCGCAGCUCAGAACGGGAAUCCCCACCACCACCACCACCAUCACCACCACCAUCACCCAGGGGCACACCAUCCCUCCUCCGGGUCUCAAUCCAGCGGCAGCGUGGGGGGAAACCACCAGCACCUGCGCUUGGAUGACCGGUUCUCGGACGAGCAGCUGGUGACCAUGUCGGUGCGGGAAUUGAACCGGCAGCUCCGGGGGGUCAGCAAGGAAGAGGUGAUCCGUCUGAAACAGAAGAGGAGGACGCUAAAGAACAGAGGCUAUGCCCAGUCGUGCCGGUACAAGCGGGUCCAGCAGCGGCACGUCUUGGAGGGAGAGAAGACGCAACUCAUUCAGCAGGUGGACCACCUCAAGCAGGAGAUCUCCCGGCUGGCCAGGGAGAGGGACGCCUACAAGGAGAAAUACGAGAAGCUGAUCAGCACCGGCUUCAGAGAAAACGGAGGAUCCAGCAGCGACAACAACCCAUCAUCUCCGGAGUUUUUCAUGACGUCAAGAAAAUUCCUCCAUCUGUGAUAGAGAGCUGUGACUUCUCCGUCCCACUACCCUAGAGUCUAAGAUAUCAUGACACUGGAAUGCUGAUGUUUCAAGAGCAACCUACGGCACCCCGACUGCCAUAAAGCACAAUGUCUCAAAAGCGUCCC